AUGGCACAGGCAAUGCUGGUACCACCAGGGUCUGAGAGCUUCUUCUAUUUCACCAAAGACUCUCUAGCAGCUAUUGAAAAACGUAUUGCUGAUGAAACAUCUCGUUGUGACAAAGACGAGCAUAAAGAUGAUGGUGGUCAUGAAGAAAAUCACCCAAAGCCAAGCAGCGACUUGGAGGCUGGAAAGACACUGCCAUUUAUUUAUGGUGAUAUUCCUCCGGGAAUGGUGUCUGAGCCCCUGGAGGAUCUGGAUCCUUAUUAUAUGAAUAAAAAAACAUUUAUAGUGUUGAAUAAAGGGAAGACCAUCUUCAGGUUCAGUGCCACACCUGCCUUGUACCUUUUAUCUCCUUUCAAUAUUAUUAGAAGGGUAGCUAUUAAGAUUUUGGUUCAUUCAUUGUUCAGCAUGCUCAUUAUGCUCACUAUUUUGACAAACUGUGUGUUUAUGACAUGGAAUAACCUUCCAGACUGGACAAAGAAUGUAGAGUACACUUUCACUGGAAUUUAUACUUUUGAAUUUCUGGUAAAAGUCCUUGCAAGAGGCUUUUGUAUAAAUGAUUUUACUUGCCUUCGUGACCCAUGGAACUGGCUUGAUUUUGUUGUAAUUUCUUUUGCGUAUAUAACAGAAUUUGUAAACCUAGGCAAUGUUUCAGCUCUUCGAACUUUCAGAGUAUUGAGAGCUUUGAAAACUAUUUCUGUAAUUCCAGGCUUGAAGACUAUUGUUGGAGCCUUAAUUCAGUCUGUGAAGAAGCUCUCAGAUGUAAUGAUUUUGACUGUGUUUUGCCUGAGUGUGUUUGCACUAAUAGGACUGCAGCUGUUCAUGGGCAAUUUGAAGAAUAAGUGCUUGUUUUGGCCAUCAAAAAAUUCAACAUCUUUUGAAAAAUACGUAGCUCCGUACUUUAAUGGAACGGUGUUUGAUUGGAUGGCAUACAUUGAGAAUGAAAGCCAUUUCUAUCGCAUAGAAGGAGAAAAGGAUUAUCUACUUUGUGGCAAUAGUUCAGAUGCAGGUAAAUGUCCAGAAGAGUUUAUCUGUGUGAAAGCUGGUAGAAACCCCAACUAUGGAUAUACUAGUUUUGACACAUUCAGUUGGGCUUUCUUGUCACUGUUUCGACUGAUGACACAGGACUACUGGGAAAAUCUUUAUCAGCUGACACUACGAGCUGUUGGCAAAACAUACAUGAUAUUUUUCGUUGUGGUCAUUUUUCUGGGUUCCUUCUAUUUGAUUAACUUGAUUUUGGCUGUGGUUGCCAUGGCCUAUGAAGAACAAAAUCAAGCGACUAUGGUUGAAGCAGAACAGAAGGAGGCAGACUUGCAGCAAAUGCUUGAACAGCUGAGGAAGCAGCAAGAAGAAGCUCAGGCAAUAGCAGCAGCUGCAGCAGAGAUGACUGAGUACAGUGGUGAAAGUGGGAUUGGUGGACCCUCAGAUAGUUCUUCAGAAGCAUCCAAGCUUAGCUCAAAAAGUGCCAAAGAAAGGAGAAAUAGAAGGAAGAAAAGAAGGCACAGGGAGCUCUCUGAAGAAGAGGAUGACGCGAAGGAUGAAGAGCUUCCAAAAUCUGAAUCAGAUGGCAGUAUCAGAAGGAAAGGUUUCCGUUUUUCUUUCGAUGGGAACAGACUUGCUUAUGGGAAGCCGUUCACAUCACCGCACCAGUCUUUACUGAGUGUUCGUGGCUCCCUGUUUUCUCCCAGACGUAGCAGCAGAACAAGUCUUUUCAGUUUUAGAGAAUACAAAAGGGAGAUAGGAUCAGAAAAUGACUUUGCUGAUGAUGAGCACAGCACGCUUGAGGAUGGUGGGAGCAGAAGAGGUUCUCUCUUUUUGCCACGCAGACAUGGUGAACGGCGCAGUAGUAACAUUAGUCAGGCUAGUAGAUCGUCAAGAAGGCUGGCAGUGUUUCCAGUGAAUGGGAAGAUGCACAGCACUGUGGAUUGCAAUGGGGUAGUUUCCUUAGUGGAUGGACCACCAGGUCUGUUGUCGCCUACUGGACAGCUUCUGCCAGAGGUGAUAAUAGAUAAACCGACAACUGAUGACAAUGUCACAGCAUCUGAAGGUACAUCAGACAAAUUCGUUACAUUUGUAAUCUUCUUGCAAGCCAUGAGUAUAGCUGGCAUUAUCACAAAUACAAUGGAAGAACUUGAAGAAUCCAGACAAAAAUGUCCACCUUGCUGGUAUAAGUUUGCCCACACUUUCUUAAUUUGGAAUUGUUGUGAGCCCUGGUUAAAAGUAAAGAAUGUAGUUGAAUUUAUUGUAAUGGAUCCGUUUGUUGAUCUGGCUAUCACUGUUUGCAUAAUUUUAAACACACUGUUUAUGGCCAUGGAACAUUAUCCAAUGACUGACGAUUUCAAUAAUGUGCUUAAAAUAGGAAAUCAGGUUUUUACUGGAAUUUUUGCAGCAGAAAUGGUUCUCAAGAUAAUUGCCAUGCAUCCUUUUUAUUAUUUCCAAGUUGGCUGGAAUAUUUUUGAUAGUUUUAUAGUUAUGCUUAGUUUGGUGGAGCUUUUUCUGACAAAUGUGGAUGGAUUAUCCGUUCUACGAUCAUUCAGAUUGUUGCGAGUUUUCAAAUUGGCGAAAUCAUGGCCGACUCUAAAUAUGCUGAUAAAAAUUAUUGGCAACUCAGUGGGAGCUCUGGGGAAUCUGACCCUGGUGCUGGCUAUCAUUGUGUUCAUUUUCGCUGUGGUUGGGAUGCAGCUGUUUGGGAAAAGCUACAAGGAAUGUGUCUGCAAGAUCUCUAGCGACUGUGAACUUCCACGCUGGCACAUGCAUGACUUUUUUCACUCUUUCUUGAUUGUGUUUCGAGUGCUGUGUGGAGAAUGGAUAGAAACAAUGUGGGACUGCAUGGAGGUUGCUGGCCAAGCCAUGUGCCUUACUGUCUUCAUGCUGGUCAUGGUGAUUGGAAACCUAGUGGUAUUGAACCUUUUUCUAGCCUUGCUGCUGAGUUCAUUUAGUUCAGACAGCCUUUCUCCUACAGAGGAAGAUAAUGAAAUGAACAACUUACAGGUUGCUGUUGCAAGAAUUCAGAAGGGAAUAGAUUAUGUGAAGAACAAAGCAGGUGAAUGUGUCCAAAAGUCUUGUUGGAGGAAACAAGCUGUUGUAAGUCAAAGAACACCAACAAAUCAGUUGGAUGAUGAGGGAGACCGUUGCAUUUCCAACUGUACCAUUGCUGAAAUAAGGAUAGAUACGAAUUAUCACAAAAGUGAGAAUGGAAUGGCCACUGUUAUAGGUGGCAGUGAUUAUACGUCAUUCAUAAACAACCCAAACCUUACUGUUACAGUACCAAUAGCUGUUGGAGAAUCUGAUUUUGAACAUCUAAAUACAGAAGAGUUUAGCAGUGACUCAGAUUUGGAGGAAAGCAAGGAGAAGCUAAAUUUUUCCAGCUCAUCUGAAGGAAGUACAGUUAAUUUAGCUCUCUUUGGAGAAGAAAAAGCUGAAACCGAACCAGAAAAAGCAUCAGAGCUACAGGCGUGCUUUACGGAAGGUUGUAUACGGAAGUUUAAAUGCUGUCAAGGCAGCGUUGAAAGCACAAAAGGAAGAAUCUGGUGGAACCUUCGAAAAACCUGCUACAAGAUAGUAGAACACAACUGGUUUGAAACAUUCAUUGUCUUCAUGAUUCUUCUCAGCAGUGGUGCUCUGGCUUUUGAAGAUGUUAAUAUUGAACAGCGCAAGACUAUAAAAACCAUACUGGAAUAUGCUGAUAAAAUCUUCACUUAUAUCUUUAUUCUGGAAAUGGUACUAAAAUGGGUGGCCUAUGGUUUUCAAACUUAUUUCACUAAUGCUUGGUGCUGGCUGGAUUUCCUGAUUGUUGAUGUCUCCUUGGUUAGUUUAGUAGCUCAUGCCCUUGGUUUCUCAGAACUCAGUGCAAUCAAAUCCCUCCGAACAUUAAGAGCUUUGAGACCUCUAAGAGCUUUGUCACGCUUUGAAGGCAUGAGGGUGGUUGUGAAUGCUCUUACUGGAGCGAUCCCAUCCAUUAUGAAUGUACUUCUGGUUUGUCUCACAUUCUGGCUAAUUUUCAGCAUCAUGGGAGUAAAUUUGUUUGCUGGCAAGUUCUAUCACUGUGUUAACACCACAACUGGUGAGCCAUUCUCACCAAAGAAAGUCAGUAAUGCAACUGAGUGUAAAAAUCUUAUGAUUGCUGGUGAGGCUGCUCGGUGGAAAAACGUGAAAGUAAACUUCGAUAAUGUUGGAGCUGGUUAUCUUUCUCUGCUUCAAGUAGCAACAUUUAAAGGAUGGAUGGCGAUCAUGUAUGCUGCGGUUGAUUCUAGAGAUACAGAGAAACAGCCCAAGUAUGAGGACAACCUGUACAUGUAUAUUUACUUUGUUGCCUUUAUCAUCUUUGGAUCGUUUUUCACCCUAAACUUAUUCAUUGGUGUCAUCAUAGAUAACUUCAACCAACAAAAAAAGAAGAUAA